UGAGUGUGUACCGAGUAAAGAGAUAGAGAGUAAAGUACAUGAGCUGGUUAUAUAAGCUUAUCAAUAUUAAAAAACUAGAAAAUUAUGCUUGGUAUAUAUUUAUUUAUAUACUUAUUGAGUAUCUCAGACGGUAAAGCCACUGAGUGUCCUAAAGAGUGUCCGGAUGAAUAUAAUCCAAUUUGUGUACGAGGAAUUUCAUAUUCAAAUAAAUGUGUAUUGUUACAGACGAUUUGUAAAAAUAAAUUAGAUGAGCAAAUUCUUUCUGAAAUUGAAAAAUGCCCUUCGUAUGACAGACAAGCAGAAGCAAGAGAUAAAUCCGUAGAAGCAAUUGACAAAAAUGGAGUAAUAUUUAGAUCAUUUUUUAAAGAUCAAAGUAAUAGCGAAGAAGCCGAGGAAUAAAAAUUAACGAAUUUUUUUUUUUUGCUAUUGUAGUUUUAUUUAUUUACAUAA